UUCUUCUUUCUUCUUCGCCUCAAAUCGAAUACAGAAAAUCCCAGCUCCUUUGUUCCCAGUUCUAAGUUCUAACCGUAGACCUUACUCUUCUCAAGCUCAUGGUCAUCUUUCAGGGACUCGUUUAAAAUCCUUUACUCGGUUGGUUCGUUGACACUAAUUCCUGCCCUCCUUCACCAAAAUCUAAUGGAGAAGAUAUUGUUCCAAUCUUAGGUAACCCAUAGACUAUCAAUAUGGAGAAGAAAAAUAAAAGCAACGGUAUGGUUGAUCUUUUCCCAAGAGAGAUCAUAUUAGACAUUCUUUCUCGAUUACCUUCUGAGGCGGUCUUACAGUGCAAACUCGUUUGUAAAAGCUGGAGAAAUCUUUUACGUUCGUGUGAUGCCUACAGAAGAUUCCAACUUUACUACGGAGAGUAUACUUGUAACAGCAAUGCUAAUACUAUUAACACAGUUGUUCAGAUCCACCAUCCUCCUUGUAGUUUUUUUGGCUUCGUUCUUGGUUCAUGCAACGGGUUGAUUCUGUCUUGCCAACCAAACACUUGCGCGGAUAAACAAAAAAACCUUUACCUGUCUAAUCCAAUGAAAAGAGAAUAUCUGAAUCUUCCCAUACAAGAGGAACCAACGGUUUGUGGAUUCGGUUACGAUACUUCUGCUGGUGUAUACAAAGUUGUACGAAUGGAUCCUGACCGGGUCACUCGUGGCGAUAUGGUCCAUGUCUACACUGUUGGGAGCGGAGUUGGGUGGAGAAGGAAAGAAAACAUUGCACAAAUGCGGUGUUCUAGAUUUGGUGGUUUCACAGGUAUUCCUUGUAACGGAGCUCUGCACUGGCUUGAUUAUAAAAACAGGAUUUGGACUUUCGAUUUGGCAGAUGAAGAGUUCAGGUGUAUCCCAUCACCACAGUUCCAACUUGCAGCUGUUAAUGAUCAUUUUGAGCUGCGGUUAUUGGGAGAGUGUUUAUCUCUGGUUCAUUACAAGGACUCAAGAACAAUCUUGGACAUAUGGUUACUAAAGAGAAAUGAUAAGGAAAGAAAGAGGAAUAAUAGUACUGUGAACGAGAAACUGGAUUACUACAAACUGUCUUCUUGGAAUUGGAGCAAAGAAUUUAGUUUAACAGAGGUUUUAUGUGAGCAUUAUGAUCCGGUGGACAUUGUUGAUCCUUUUGCUCUUACAAAGAAUGGUGAACUUUUACUGUUUAGCAGAACAACUACCGAAGUGUAUCGCUAUACGAUGAAAUCUACCAAGUCCGUCUAUGACAAGGAAAAACUUAAUGAUGGUGCUCAUGUUAGGUUGUAUGUGCGUACUGCAAUGCCAUAUAAGAAAAGCUUUGUUUCUCUGAAGGAUCUUGGAGAAGAUGUGAAGAUAUUUGAUCUAGUUACAAGGUGAACAUGAAUAUAGCUUUAUUCAAGCAAGUGAAGAUAUGUGAGGAUUCUGAUUCUUCUGCUUAAUGCAAGGAAACAGCUUUUGGCCAACAGUAUGUGCGGAUGAAGAAUCACCAGGCGGAGUGAAGGGAGUAAUGUGUCAGUCAGAUGGGAAAGAAAUUGUAGUAAAGCAGGUUGA